UCCGCGCACUGUGUAAUUUUAGAUGCGCGCGCGCCAGCCGCGCUCUCGUUCGCUGCGUAGCCGUGCCAUCUCCGUCUCCACCUUGUAAACAAAUCAGUUAAGAGCAUGUCCCGUGUGUAUGAGGAGCUGGACCCUGCGUACGCGACGGCGUGCAGCGAUGUCACUCUCUAUUCCAACUCCAAAGGCUUCUUCAGCGCGAUUGCCGAUGAAGCUGUGGCGAUGGCAUCUGCAGACCAGUGGUUGCACAAGUUUGAGAAGGUCGACGAUGCCAAAAAAGUCGCAACCGUCAUUGCCAAUAAGGAACUUAUGGGCUGGCUGAAUGGAGUGCUGGGGCGCGCGUCUGCGCUACAUCGAGGCAAGGACGCUCGCGUCUCGCGCGAUUGCCGCGAGAAUGCUGCGCGUGCGUUGCGUUCCGGGCAGAUCAAGGAGGCAUUGGCGCUUGCCAGUCAGGCAGUACUGCGGGCACCCUUAACAGGCAGCGAAGAGGCGAUUGACGGUGGAGUAACGCUGGCACUGGCGCUGUGGACACGGGCACAAGCGCUGCACCACGCCGGGUACGCGCGCGCCGCACUCGCAGACUUGAAGCUCGCAUUGAAGGAGCGGCUGCCCGCACGCAUGCGCCCGCAAUACUACUGGCACAUGGGACACUGCUAUAAAGACGUUGGUGAACUAACUAGGGCCAAAGUGUCGUAUGAACUUGCUGGAAGGCUUUUAGCUGCUGACGAAGAGGCAAAAUCGCAACUCAAUAAAGACAUAGAGAGUCUUCGCUACUGUGCCGCGCCGGCGCCACCAGUCCACAAACCAGAAGUGACUGUAACAGGAGAAGCAAAACAAAACAUGCCAGCAUUAUCGAAGUUAGUUAAAAUAACAGAGGAAGAAGAUAAGGGUCGCUUCGCGGUGGCUAAUUCCCGAGUCAAAACGGGGGACGUGUUGCUGGUGGACUCUCCUUACGCUGCUUGUCUCCUAACAGACUGCUACGGCACUCACUGUCUUCACUGUUUUAAAAGGCUAGACGACUAUCACGAAGAAGCACCUGUAUGGUGUCCUAAAUGUUCAAGGGUUGCUUUCUGCAGCAUGGCGUGCCGCGACAUAGCUGUCGUCACAUAUCACUCGUAUGAGUGCCAAUUCCUUGACCUUCUAAUAGGUUCUGGAAUGUCAAUAUUGAGUCAUAUAGCCUUGCGAAUGGUUACACAAGCAGGACUUGCUACAAGUCUAUCGAUACAUUCUAAAUACUUGUCGAACAACGAGAAGACAGUAGAAGGUGUCGUGUUAAAUGACAUUGAAGGAGUGACCAAAAAGUCAAAAAUUAAAAGCAGAAAGGAAAGGCUGAAUCGAGCAAAGAAAGGCCUGAAAACAUUGAACGACAAGAAUGUCAAGGACGAUAAUAUGAAUGCAAAGGAGGAAGAAAUUAAUAAGAUCGAUGAUAAAAUGACCUUUGAAGAAAAGCUGGAACUGAGGGCAGCAGAGAUCUAUUCGCUGUGCACGCACUCCGAGCAACGAAAAGGUGCCGACUAUUUGAAGAGGAUAGUAAUGGGGAUGUUUUUAACAGAAUGCUUACGAAAAGCAGGUAUAUUUAAGAAAUGCGAAAAGGAUAAUCUUGAGAUAGAGGAGAUGGCGAUAUGCGAGUUGUUAGUCCGGAACCUACAGUUGCUGCAGUUCAACGCGCACGAGAUCUACGAGACGCUCCGCGGAACGCACCAGUUUGCUGGCUCUAAACCCUUGUACAUCGCCGUAGGCAUAUACCCCACCGGUGCGCUUUUUAACCAUGAAUGUUAUCCUGCCGUGGCCAGAUACUUCGAAGGCCGUAAAAUUGUACUUCGAGCUAUCCGACCUUUGGAGCCCGGAGACGUCAUAUCCGAGAACUACGGUCCGCAUUUCAUGGUGCGAACGCUUAAGGAGCGGCAGCGCUCUCUCGCCUCGCGGUAUUGGUUCCGCUGUGCAUGCGUCGCUUGCUGUGAGGACUGGCCUAUGCUCAAGCAAAUGGCCAGCGAUGCACCGCCAUAUGUAAGAUGUCCUAACUUAUCAUGUUCAGCCAAAUUUAAAGCCUCACCGCAGAAUGUGCCCAACCGUUGCGCACGGUGCGCCGUUAACAUGGACAUACAACUUGUCAAGGUAUUCGUGGAAACAGUUGACAGAUGUGUAAAACUAUACCAGGAAGGAGCACAACUGAUGGACGAAGAGCGUUCAGAGGAGGCCAUCGCCGCGAUUUGCGCAGGCAUUGACGAAUUUCACGAAGCAGGCUGCGCCCCGCAUCGCGAUACACACCUGGCACAGGAGGCGCUGCGUUCAUGCUUCGCCGCCUUUGGCAACGUGCACCGCGUCUUUGUUGCCCACGCCGACGAAAAACCUGACGCCAACGCGGAACACGAACGAAGUGCAUUGGCGACGCAGCAACAAGUGUGACUGCCACAACAGCCUUUUUUAGAUACCAAGUGACGGGAUGAACAAGUCGUGGUGGUAAGCGACACGCCUGUCCGUAACAGGUGCAGUGCCACUCAAGAGCAUUAAAUCCCAAUGAUCUGAGAGGCACUGCCACUGCGCCCGUCACCCUGCGACAUAAGUUGACAAGUCCCAUGUACUUGUAAUUUCACCACCACAGUCUAUGAUGAGUAAUUCAAAGAUGUAGCCACAAAAAU